CUGAAAAACGAAGGAAGACGUCACUUGGUAACCGCUGUGUUUGUAGCAACCGAAUGCCUUUGUCGAGGAAUGAAUUCGCGAAAAUAAUUUCGUCUCUGAAUAUGAAUCCCGAGCAAGAAAAUCAACUUGUCGAAAACCUAAACAGCAAUCUGCCAGUAAAAACCAGCGAUGUAUAUGCUGUGGACCAAAAUCUACCAAAACGGUUCAACAACCCCGACUGCUUUCAGGGAUACAGUAAGAAGGUUAUCAAUCCAUUGUAUCGGACGACCAACCAAGCCUACGGGAGCAAGAAACCAACUGUCCACGAGAUGCCAACUGCGUUUCAUGGGGAUAACCGCAAGUUCAGCGAGCCGAUGCUGAAGAUGGGCAUGUACAGAGACACCUGCCUGAACACCAGGUUGGACACAAGCCGAGUCAUGCUGCCCAGCGCCAACAUCGAGUCCCAGGACAGAAUGCGAUUCCACCAAGUUCAUCUCCACAGCAGAGGUGGCCAGUGAACAAUUAAUGCAAAUGCAAUACAUGAAAAACGCCACUCUCCUCUUCGGACACUAGCAGAUCGGUGCUGUCAAUCACUGUCUUCGGACCAAAUCUUAUGGAAUGGAAUAUGUGAUUAUGUAGUAUUCUCAUUUUAUCUGAAAAGGCUUAAAUCCCACGAAAAGACCUGUGGUCUGAACUGGGUUAUGAAGCGGGGGUAUCCCAAGAAUAUUAAUGAUUGUGAAAAGUUUGGCAUGGGGGAACGGUCGAAAAUCCCUCCAAAUGUGUUCUCUAGCCUUAUAAAUUAUAGGAAAUGACUCAUGGCUGUCAUCUUUGCCACAGGUGUUUGCACAAAGCAUUAAACCAGGGGUGUCAAUAUUUUUUUAAUUUGAUGAAAAAUGUAUCAGUUUGGUUGAUUCCAUUGAUUCACUACUGAAGUACACUGCUUUACACAUGUUGGAAAAUAAAGCUUAUGUCAGUAACUAUAA